CUUGGCCAGCCACAAUUUCGACCCAAAUUUUUCUAAUGUCGAUGUCAGUCUGCUAAUAUGGCAGGUUAGUGAACAUCUGUUCUUUGAAUAGACAUUUUUAAAUGUACAUUAGUGCCGGUGUUUGAAUUAUUUUUUUCUUCCCCCUUUUUUUUUUUGGACAUGAUCGUAUUUCUUCGAAACAAUAGCUAACGGUCUGGCCUAGGAUGAGCUUACAAGAACCAUGAUGCUCCAAGCUCCUCGCAUGUCAGUGUUCACCUUUCAGUCUGCGGUGCACAGCACCCAUGUUCUCCAGUGUCUGAAUGACCAGAGGCUGCAGGACAUCUUGUGUGAUGUGACAGUGAUGGUGGAAGACAGGAGCUUCCGGGCUCAUUGCUCUGUCCUGGCCUCGUGCAGCGAAUACUUUCACAGUAGGGUUACCAGUGUCACCAGACAGAAUCCAGUCAUCACCUUACCCGAUGAGGUGACAGUGGAGGGGUUUGAACCUUUGCUUCAAUUUGCCUACACAUCAAAGCUGCUUUUCACCAAAGAAAACAUUCACGCUAUUCAAACCAGUGCUGAGAUUUUAGGAUUUCACAACUUGGAGUCAGCUUGCUUUGAUUUCCUCAUUCCCAAGUUUUCCGAGGGUAAAAGAGCCUCACAGGAGGUCAGGCAUAAAGUCUGCUGUCAGAGCUGGGUGCACGGUGCCAGUUUUGGCCCUAGUGUGAGAAGUAGUCAUGCAGAAUCAUUUGACUCACACAGCUCAGUGCCUUCAGGAGGCGACGAGCAAACAGACUUCCCAUCCCAGUGCCAUCAGAGUACACAGGGUCAGACAAAUAGUGGGGAGGAUUCGUUUUGUUUUGAGAACUGUGGGACACAAAUGGCAUCCUUAUCUCUAGAGUUAGCAGCAAACGGUGUGUGCCCCAUGUUGUCUCUGCCAUGCCCAGGCUCUGACAAGACAGGUCCGUCUCCUCAUUUUUGUGAAAAGGACAUUUUACAGAUUGGAGAUGUGUGCAAUCAAGAUGAGCUGAGUUUGGCAAGCUGCAACUUACAGUGUGAGCUGUCAACACCAGGUGAUGUGAGUCUGCCAGAAAUCACUGAGCCAGCAAGUGGAGAUAAUAAAGAGGCCGUUGAGAGGCUUGGUGCUGAAGCCGGUAGUAACUCAGGCUCAUGUCCUCUGAAGACAUCAGGGGCAGAUUGCUGUAGUUCAGUAUUACACCAGAGUAUGGGUUGCCGUGUACAGGAAACUGCAGGUGAUCUAACAGAUCCAACCUUAACUGAUUUAGAGCACGAGGAGCGGAGCCGCGUGGAGAGGGAAGUAGCUGAACAUUUGGCUAAGGGGUUUUGGUCUGACCUUUGCACACCUCAGGCUCCACCACAGUCUCUUGAUGCUGUGACCCAAAACAAUUUGGCAAAAGCGUCUGACUUCCACUGGCUCAAACAGCUGGACCUGAGUUCCAGUGUAGGAGACUGCCCCUUCUUCAGGGACAUGGGGACAGGCGAUGACCCUGGUACGCACACUGACGGCUUGUCCCAAGCAGAGAAGAGCCCCUGCUUGUCUUCCUCACUAAAUUCUGGUGACGAAUCAGAAAUGGACACGGAUGGGGAGACUGAGGCCAACACCAAAAGAGCAGCAGAGAUUCAGCUCCCGUUUCCAGUAAAGCAGAUCUCGGAGAUGAGUAGAAGUGCUUUCCAGCAGCUUAUGAGGGACCAUCGCCUGACGCCAGAUCAGCUUGAGUUUGUCCACGAUGUCCGUCGGAGAAGCAAGAACCGCAUGGCUGCGCAGCGCUGUCGAAAAAGGAAACUCGACGGCAUACAACAACUGGAAUGUGAAAUAAAAAAAUUAAAAAGUGAGAAAGAGCGGCUGCUUCAGGAGCACAACAAGUUGCAGAAAAACCUGAAAGAGAUGCAGCAGAACCUGUGUGGUCUGUAUAAAAGUGUCAACAUGGAGUGCGACUCCGACCAGGACCACUUGCAACGCCUCGCCAAGCUCUCUUCACCAGACUUUUCCAUCCCUUGCCACAAAUUUGUGGAAACAAAGGAAGAGUCGCAGAUUGCCAUAGAGAUGGUGAGUUCCACCUCAGAGUGUGAUCCAAGUGUGCAUCCUUCAGACUCGUUACAAACUGGUGAACUGUUGGCCAAGACGGAGGAAGCAGGUUGUCCUGUUUCUGCUUCUGUACUCAGUGCCUGUUUGGACAUGACCAACAGUUUGUAAAGCGAGUCAGUUUUCAAUGGUUUUUUAAAACGUGCAGGACUUCAACGCAAACGGUUUAACAGUGGUUUUAUAACAGUAUGCUAUUUUUGGAAAGAUUUGCUUUUUCUUGUGCAUUUCUUUGAUUUUUUUUUUUUUUUCAGUAUGAUGGUGUUUUGAAUUUACUCAUAAAUGUCAUUCAUUUUGAUGCUGAAUUUCCUUUGCUGCAUAGCUAAAGUGAACAAAACUUAAAAACUUUGAAGGUGCAGGCACUUUUUAGGCUUUUUUCUAAAAGUUUUCAGUCACAAAUUAGGAUUAUAGAAUUAAUCUUAAAAAUAGUCAUUCUCAGGUAAUGAAAUUGCAUUUUAAGUCUUAUAUCUUAGAUGCGUAGAAAUACCCAUCAUAUGCACAGAGGACUUUCUUUUCUUUUGUCUUCACUAAUAAAUGUAUUGGCAAUCUUACUGAAACUAUCAUUUGAACUGCAUUGCUGUUUAUUUCAAAUUAACUUUUCAGUAAUGUUUUUGCAGAUUAUGUAACUUUUCAAAAACAUUAAUUGAAUGCAUGCUAUAGUUUAAAUGGUUCACUGUCAGCUUCCCGUAUAAUUUGAAAAAUGGUUCCAGAGAGUGUUAAAAUGUCACAUAAGUUGUAUAAAUGUGCCUUAUGUUUUAGUGUAUGAUCAGUUCAAAACGACAGUUAAUGUUUGUUUUAUCUGCGUCUCAAGCACUGUUGCACAUUAACCCAGAGCUAAUGUUGAAGUAAUUUCUUACAUUUAGGUCUGUCUGCAUGUUCAAGCUUUUUUUUUUUUUUUUAUAAAAUGAUUUUAUAAUUACUGACUUAAAUAAAAAUUUUAUUAC